UUGACAUUUCUCUUCACAUUAGUCUAGUUCAGUUCGAUACGAUUUGCGGUGUGUAUGUAACCUUCCGAGAAAGGUCGGUGUGUGAGCGCGAUUACAAUAAAUUAAUUUCGAUCGAAAAACUGUCUUAUGAAAUAAAGUUGGCAGUUAUUUAACAACAAUACGUAGCAGCCUAGAAAAGUUUAAAACUUCCUUAGCUGCGCUUUCAUUAAAUUGAUUUAAUUCGGUGGUAAUUUAACAAUCUGUGCCCUUUCACUUUAGCUGGUCAAGAUGCUGAGGACAAUUGCAGCACGCAAUGAGCUCGUGCUACUGCGUGGAACAUCGCUAGCCAGAGCCAGAACUGCACGUGAAGCCGUGCGCGUUUUGGGCGCACAAACGGCCAGGAAGUUGCAGACACUCAGACUCGCACCAAGGAACCAUGUAGUAACCGUGCCGAAGCCACUGGGCAUGUGGAGCACGAAUUUCGCACGCAACUAUGCCGAUUUACCCGAUCACAUUAAAGUGGCGUUGCCAGCUCUCUCGCCGACGAUGGAACAGGGUACCAUUGUCAGUUGGGAGAAAAAGGAAGGUGACAAACUGAAUGAAGGUGACUUAUUGGCUGAAAUCGAAACUGAUAAAGCUACCAUGGGUUUCGAAACACCAGAAGAGGGCUACUUGGCAAAAAUUGUUGUACAAUCUGGUGUUAAGGAUGUUCCCAUUGGCAAAUUGGUGUGCAUCAUCGUACCAAAUCAGGAAGAUGUUGCUGCAUUCAAAGACUUUGUUGACGAUGCACCCGCAGCAGGCAAACCGGCCGCCGCAGCAGCACCUCCACCAGCUGCAGCUGCGCCAGUUCCUCCACCGCCACCACCACCAGUCGCCGCCCCAGCACCUGCCGCCCCUGCCGGUGGUAAGCCUCUUACUGCCGUUGAACAACGCGGCGAACGUGUUUACGCCAGCCCUAUGGCCAAAAAAUUGGCCGAAGCACAAAGUCUCCGAUUGCAAGGCAAAGGCAGUGGCAUCUAUGGCUCAAUUAAAUCUAGUGAUCUUGCAGGCUUGUCAGCAGCUGCACCACAGGUCGGAGCUGCAGCACCCACCGUUGUUGCACCACAAGGAGGCUAUAUCGAUAUACCAGUUUCGAAUGUACGCGGCGUGAUUGCGAAGCGGCUGAAGGAAUCGAAGCAGCAAAUACCGCAUUACUAUGUUACCAUGGAGUGCAAAAUGGAUAAUCUGCUAAAACUGCGUGAAAAGGUAAACAAGAAAUAUGAGAAGCAAGGCGUACGUGUAUCGGUCAACGAUUUCAUCAUUAAAGCUACUGCCACAGCGUGUCGCAAGGUGCCGGAAUCCAAUUCUUAUUGGAUGGAGAGCGUAAUAAGACAAUUUGACAAUGUCGACGUCUCGAUGGCCGUUUCUACUGACACCGGUCUAAUCACGCCAAUUGUCUUUAGUGCCGACCGCAAAGGCGUAGUCGACAUUUCGCAGGAAACGAAAUCGUUAGCUGCCAAGGCCAGAGAGAACAAGUUGAAACCUCAGGAAUUCCAAGGUGGCACCGUUUGUGUAUCGAACCUCGGCAUGAUGGGCGUUUCUCAAUUCUGUGCCGUCAUAAAUCCGCCACAAUCCUGCAUUUUGGCAAUUGGCGCCACAACAAAGAAGCUUGUCAUAGACCCCGAUAGCCUGAAAGGUUUCCGUGAAGUCAGCGUUAUGAACGUUACCUUAAGUGCAGAUCAUAGAACUGUUGAUGGCGCUGUUGCUGCCAAAUGGCUGCAAUACUUCCGUGACUUCAUAGAGGACCCAGCGACAAUGAUCCUUUAAGUUUAGCAUCUCGAAACACCUUCAUAUAAUACACUCACAUUCAGUUAAGCGUAAUUCAUUGUUAUGAUCUGCGCGUGCGCUCUCGCCAUUCAUAUCCCUGAUUGUGUUGUGCUGGCGCUUUCUGCCGUUUCGGUCUACAGCACUUAGAGAAUUUAACCACCAGCCUAUACAUACAUAUGCAUGUGUGGGGAUUACCUACAACAUAUGCGAUUAUGUGAAAUUUUUUUGUCUUUAUUUUUUAAUUCCAACAUAAUUGAUUUUGAAUCAGCUGAUAUGUGAUUGAUUUAUGAAAAUUUAUUUUUAAUUUCUUGUUUUGCUUGUUAAAUUAUAAUUAAAUUAGAAAGGCAAGGCUGGCGAAAACGAAGAAUUAUGGUAUAUAAUUAGUUAAUUAAACUUGGUAACUAACUUACACUGAAAUGAAUGAUAUUCAAAGUAGAGCAAAGUAACUGUCGUUAAGAAGUUCAAGAAGGAAAAAAAAAGGAUUCAUUGUUGUUGCUACA